GUUUUUGUACGUAAUAGGUCUCACACGAAUCUAGAGUCCAGGCGAGAAAAGAUAAAUUAGCUGGGUAAUUUUUAUUUAGAUAAAUAAAUAAUAUGUAAUAGGUACCGGUAAUAAAAAUGGUGACUGUGAAUAAAAACUUCAACACAGAGUAAAAAUUACUUAUAAAAGUGAGCGCAUUCAAUUAAUUUAGGUUUGGUUCAGCUCGUUUAUUAUUUUUAUUAUUUUUUUUCUUUUAGCUGAUAACUUCUUGAAUUUAAAUUAAAACUCGUUGUGAAAAGUAAUAAAUUUACGUUAUAGAAAUUCAAAUUCAAAAUUAACUAGCAGUAUAAAUGUACUUGUGUUUAAAAAUUAUCAGUCCUAGUUGUACAAUAAAUCUGGUCACCGCUAACCAACAAGAAGUGAGACGAUUGUGAACUUGUUGUAGAGAGACCAACGAAUGACAACGAAUGAGGUUGAGUCCAAAUAGUAUUUUAGGUGGGUAAGCAUCAUCAUGUGGUCGAGCUUAGCGCACACUCACCAAUUUACGUCACGUACUAAAAUACUUUAUAAAAUUUUAUUACAUUAUUCCGUAUAUUUAUUUAUUAUUUGACAGUUUAUGUGAUCGUGCAUUUUUUAAUUUAUAUUUGCACGUUUUUUUAAAUAAUUUGUUUUUAAAAACAGUUUGGGUAUACGUGACACACCUAGAAAAAAUGGACUCGUCCAAGUGCUCGUGCAAUUCAAGUCCAGGGAACUGCUCUGAUGGUUGCACGCACCUGGGCUACAAGUUGACCAAUCGGUGAAGCCGGACUCCGGAUGUUCUAACGGGAAAAAUUGAAUUUCAUUGGCUGGUUGUCGUUACACGCGGUCUCAUGAGCAGUAAAAAACUUUCAAGAAACCCACAUUUUUUUUUAUAAAUGCAAUAAAUAAAUCCACUGGAUCAAGAUUAUUUAUAUUUAUAUUGAUAUUGGAACAUGGAGUCAUUGAAAGAAAUAUCGCAAUUUUUAAAUUUAGACACUCGGCUUGAUCUCCAAGCUGUUGCUGUUGAAAAUAUUCUUGGUCUUACAAACACGAGCAAGGGUAGAGAAAUGCUGCUGAGCUGUCCAGAAAUUUUAAGACAGUUUAUUUUACUUUGCCAAGUUGAUUCUCAGAGACUGGCUGUUGCUAAAGAUGCAGCACGUGCUUUGAUAAAUAUAUCUGGUGAUGAAGCUGGUGCUAAAGCAUUGCUACUUAUUUCCGAAGCUUCUAAAUGUGAAUUAAAUCAACGACCUACUGAUAAUCUCAUUCACAUUUGCUUCAGUUUUAUUUUAGAUAAAGAUAAUUCACUUGCAGAUCAAUGCUCUAUGAUUCUGUCAAACAUGACGCGAGCUGCGAGUUUGGUUGAUCGAAUCGUUGGUUUGAUCGAGAAAGCCGACUGCAAGUGGGACCAAAUUGUUUACGCGUUUGCUUACGCUGAUAAAUACAACACCAAAGGCGCCAGGCUUCAUUAUCUUGGACCAAUGCUCAGUAAUUUAAGUCAAUCGGAAAUCGUCAGAAGGCGACUGGCAGACCGAGAUCAUCUCAUAAUCCACAAGCUUCUUCCCUUCGUCGAGUACAAGGACAGUCUAGUAAGACGCGGUGGUAUCGUCGGAACCCUAAAGAAUAUUUGUUUCGAUGUCGACAAUCAUCUUUGGCUUCUCAGCGAUCAAGUUGACAUUCUUUCUCAUUUACUUCUGCCUCUUGCUGGUCCUGAGGAGUUUGACGACGAGGACAACGAAAAGUUACCCAUCGAUUUGCAAUAUUUACCUGCUACCAAAGACCGGGAGCCUGAUCCAGACAUCAGAAUAAUGAUUCUGGAAGCACUUUGUCAGUUAUGCGCAACUAAAGAAGCGCGAGAAAUAAUGCGGGAAAAAAAUGCUUACGUGAUACUCAGAGAGUAUCACAAGUGGGAAAAAGAUAAAGCUGCUCUUAUAGCCUGUGAAAAUGUUAUUGAUAUUUUAAUCAGAACUGAGGAAGAAAUAGGAGCAGAUAAUUUGAAAGUAAUUGACGUCCCUACGAAGUAUUCGAAAAAAUUCCAGGAAAUCGAUGAAGAAUUAUUAAAGGAGUGAGUGUGAAAGUAAUUAUUUUUAUUACUUUGAUAAGACUUGAUAAUGUAAUAAAAUAAUUGAACGAAAUUACAAUAAUGUGAUACAUAAUAAAGUUUUACAGCAAACUCCUUAAACUAACAAACGUUAAAUAAUUGCACAGACCCGUAUUGUAAGUUUGAUUAAAGUAAUCAGGUCACUUAAAGCAGAGAUAAAUAUGCUAAUAGAUUUCCAUGAAUAUCAUUUUUUUUUUUUUUUUUUUUAUCUGUUUGUGGUUCUGUUUAGUGUGCAAUGGCAACAGAA